AUGGCACAACAACAUCGAGAGAAUAUUUGGUAAGUUUAAUUUAAACUGAAAAUUAAUAUAAUAUCCAGAUUUUUGUGUAUGUAAUCGACUUCUAUAUUUUGUAGGAGAGACCAUUUCAUGGCAGAGUUGGAAAAUGAAGACGUCAAUCGCCAGCUUUGUGCCGUGGACACAUUUUCUUGGUCACCCGGAACUCAAGAGCAGAUUCUCGCUGAAUGGGACGACUGGCAGGAGCCAACCGCGGAAAAGUCGGGCAAUUGUUGUAUUGAGUGUGGUAAAGUGUUCGCACGGCCUGAUAGUCUCAAGCGCCAUAUGAAACGAGUACAUACUAGUGAGAAGUCAUUUCCUUGUGAACGGUGUGAAAAAUCCUUUGCAACCUCCGAUACGUUGAAACGCCAUGAGAAAUCCCACAGCGAGAGGGGGCACGAAUGUGCAAGAUGUCAUAAGAAAUUUGAUCGAAAGGUUUGUAGAGAUUUGUAUUAAUAUAUAAACUGUAUUAGGUAUAUGUAUAGACAUUGUGUAGAUAUACGCUGUUCUCUAUAGUAUUAUACUUCAUGUUCUUUAUAAUUACAGGAUAAUUUGAGCCGCCACAUGAAAAUGCACGAGCGCCGUGGCGCGGAACGGGAAUAUACUUGUAAUGUAUGUGGUGAAGUAUUUCGAAAUAUAUUUCCAUUCCAAACCCAUCGACGCGAAGUCCAUCAAGUUGGCCGUGGGAAACGUACGAAGACGCCGACCGGGCGAACAAAAAGGCAAAGAACUGAUGAACCAGGUAUGUAUAAAUGAAAAUAUUUUGAUUACUAACUUUGUAUUUAUACACAUAUAUUUUUUCUUUUAAGAACCACCAUCAUCUUCGACACGCGUUAACGAAGGUAAGAGAGUAUAUAUGCUGUGUAAUAAUUUGAGUUAAAAUCACACUAAUACAUUUUUUCUCCCUUUUCAGGAGCUUCUACAGUCGUCAACGAAG